ACUGUUUGUUUUGCAGAUGGAAACUGACACCAAGAACUAUAACAUGUAUAAAAUGGGCUUUAGUCAAAAGAUACUUUUAGCAGAUGAAGCCGUGCCAACUAAAUUUGAUUGCCAAGAGGAUCGCAAAAGACGGCUGUCCGGUAAAGGAUCUUCUCGAAAAGUAUUCCUUAAAAGGCAAAGAACUGAUCUUAUUACAGAAUGUCUUCAAAAUCAAAGUGUUACUGAAACUGAAAGAUUACAAAAAGAUGAAGUUAUGACACAAAUGAUUGAACCUGAAGAAUUACCAAGAACUCAAGACAAAGAAAGUAUCACCAAUCCUAUUAUAACUCUAGAAAAAUCUGUUCAAGUAUCAACUAAAGUGAUAAGGCAUUAUAGGAGCAAACCCCAUUUAAAGUUUCUACAACAUCUCGUUUCACCUCGCCUUUUAAGCCUGAAUCAUGACGUCUUCAAGUAUCACAAUCAGGAGCUGUUAAAGUACCUAUUUAAAAGAAAUAUUGGCCUUGAAGAUGAAAAAUCUGAUAGUGAUAUUUCUUUGUUUGAAAGUGGUCAUUCAUCUCCUUUUAUACCUACAUCAUCAUCAAAGGUUACUGAUUCCGAUAGUAAUGUGACUGAUACCAAUGAAAAUAUUGAACAAUUACAAUGCCUUAAAAAUACUAUGCGUUUGAUUGAAAAGAAACCUUUGAUGUAUGUUGGUAUAACCAAAGAAUGUUAUUUCCUAAUUCAGUUAAUACAUAAGCACACAAAUAUAAAAGUGGAAAACAUAUUGCUAUGCUUUGAAAAAAUUAGAUUAAACAGUACAUUUUCCGAACUAGAGGAUAAUUUUGGAAUAUCAUUAUCUUAUGCCAGUAAACUAUUUGUAGGAAACAUACCAAUAAUAAGUAGUGUUUUAAGACCAUUCAUUGUAAACUUGGAUAAAAAAAUUAUUAAAAGUAAUCUUCCUAUUGCAUUUAGACACAACUAUCAUAAUGUCAGUUGCAUUAUUGAUUGUCUAGAAAUUGAUAUACAAAAACCAUCUAAGGCACUUCAUCUUCAUCAGGCACUGAAAUGGUCAGAAUACAAAAAGGGGAAUACUGUGAAGUAUUUAAUAUCCUGCACUCCUAAUGGAUUGGUUAAUUAUGUUUCUCAAGGGUUUGGGGGUAGAGCAAGUGAUGUUACGAUAGUAGAAAACUGUAAGUUUCUAAAUGGAUUACAACCAGGAACCUGCAUCUUAGCUGACAGAGGUUUCAAGCAUCUUGAACAAAUGCUUUCCACAUGUAAUUGAUAUCACACGCCUGCUCUGUAGAUGCACCCACUCGCGAGAAAUGCCUCGGAACCCAAGGUUUCACUUCGAUCACCGUAGG